AGCCCUAACCUUCGAAACAACACUGUCUCUCUCUCUCUCACGGAGGCGACAACGAUCGGCGAUAGUGGUGGCUAGCGACGAUCGGCGAUCGGCGACAAUGGCGGCUAGCAGCGAUCGAAUCAUCGAUUCGAAGAUGGACAAGGCAUCCAUAAUCAAAGAUGCAAUUGACUACAUCCAAGAAUUGCAUGAGCAAGAGAGGAGGAUCCAAGCUGAUUUAAUACAGCUUGAAUCUGGAAAAUUGAAGAAAAAUACAGUUUUUGACUUGGAUCAAGAGAUUCCAACCUUGUCAAGACUCAAGAAAAAGGGAAUUGAUCAUAGUUAUGAUUCAAGGAGAUCAACCACUUCUUCCAUUGAAGAUCUUGAA